UCCUUGGGUUUAUUUCGUUCUGCUACGACCAGCCAUUCGCAAUAAAUCCUUCAAGCCACAGCGAUCAAAAAUAUUGUUACAGGUGAUACUAAUUGUUAUUUGCUUUAUAUUUUAGAACUACAUUUCCAGCCCGAGUUUGAAGGUUUUCUAAAGCAUGCCUUGAACAAGCAGGUUCUGCUUCAUUACUUAUCUCUGAAGUCUUUUUGGUCCGUUUUCUCAUAUUUACCAAAUGAUGGAAAAAAAACCUUGAAAAUGUUUACCAAGAGUGAAUCCAUUGCACAAAAUCUGAAUCGAUCCGCUCCCUGUACUGCAGUCAUUGAUGCCUUCCCGUUGUUCUGGCUCAGUGACAGCUGCUCCUUUCCUUGUCAUUAAAGUUUGUCAGUAUACACCUUGGUGGCGAAUACCACCAGAGCACAGGAGAGUUUCAUUUUGCCACUCGUCUCCUGUCGUACUAUGAAAGAAACCAGUCGUCCGUAUUUAAUGCCGUAUCAGCAGGAAACGGGAAACAAACCACUGAAGAGCAGUGGCCCGUGUCCUGGUUUGGGUAGAUGCGUUGAAUGCAAGGUACACUGGUUACACUAGUAUGGUGCACAUGCAAAUCCACUUUUAAAAAGCCGACAGAAGCGUGUUGAAUGGGCACAUAUACGGCAGUGUAGUCGCGCACAAUGGCUAAUAAAUACCUAGCGAGGAAAUUCAGUGAAUCCACGUCGAGGUGAAAAAAACAACCGCCAGCCAUCACUUUACCGGGGAAACAGGAGCAAAGAUGGCGACGGUCAACCCGAUCAGCCAGGAAGAGAGGUUUCUGACGGCGGUACGGGACGGCGAUGUGAGUUACGUGGAGCAAGUGUUGGAAUCUAAGCAUGAGACCGGCCUGGAUAUCAACCAGAGCGAUCGGAACGGCAAGUCUGCGCUCACACUGGCCGUGUUACAGGGAAACCUACUUAUUAUCAAACUGCUCCUGAGCCAUGGCACACGACUAGGAGACGCCCUCUUGCGGGCAGUGGAUACCCAGUUCUUGGACGCCGUGCAGCUAAUAUGCAAGCACUCGGAAUCUCUCGAGCCCGAGGAGAGAAAAGCUGUGAUUGGUUGUCAUCCGGAAAACGACGAUUUCCACCCUGACCUAACUCCAAUAGUGCUGGCUGCACACCACAACAACUACUUGAUUCUAAAGACGCUACUUAAAUACGGUGCGGUGAUCCCCGACCCCGACUCGUCGGAUUUUCAGCGCACGGAGAAACAUACCCUACAGCGCUCGGUGGGCACUUUGAAUGUUUACCGCGCCUUGUCCAGCGGCUACUACAUCUCCCUGACCGCCCCUGACCCCAUUGGCCACGCCUUCACCCUCUCCAGCAAGCUGGGGGAGAUGAGUAACCAGGAGUAUGAGUUCCGCGCCGAGUACACGGAGCUUUCCGAGUCGGUGGAGCAGUACGCUGCCGACAUUCUCGCCCAGGCACGUGACUCAGACGAGUUGACCAGCAUUUUGACCCACAACCAUAGCGUGCAACCUAGCGAUGAGAACAAUGCCAAAGAAAUAGCGCUCUUCAAAGUCUUCCAUGCGAUCAGUUGUGAACAGAAAAAGUUCGUGGCUCAUCCGCACUGCCAGCAGCUACUUAUCAAGCGAUUCUACGGGAAGAUGUCUUUCAUGAGGGACUGGUCUCUCUUCAAGCAGCUACUCCUGUCCCUCGUCAUUAUGCUGAUGUACCCCUUCACCUCACUGUUGUACAUCUUCCUGGGCAGCGGCAAGGUCAUGGACUUUGUCAGUACUCCGUACGUCAAGUUCCUGAUGGACAUUGCUUCCCGCAUGACCUUCCUCGUCUUCCUGCUCAUAACUACCAUCGUCCCGCCGACAGUGACCACGGAGGAGGUCAUCACGGGGCAGGGUGACCCCAACCAGUUCAGCCAGGUCCCGCUCAGUGUAAUCAUCUUGAUCCUUCUGUGGAUUAUAGGGAUGACAUGGGCGGAGAUCAAGGCCAUCUGGAAAGGGGGCGUGAGCAACUACUUGAAGGACGGUGCGAAUGUACUGGACUUUGCCAUCCUGGCCCUAUUCUGGAGCUACAUGGUACUGACUCUCAUCAGUUAUUUCCAGAUUCAGAGAGACACUGAGUUAAGAGUAGCUACCACUGUCAUUCCUGGGCUUGGGUCCAGCCCGGUGGUACCUCCAGGACCAUCGCGCUCCGUCGCUACCGAUAGCUCAACUGUCAUCCCUGCCACCGUCAACCUCUCGAGCGAAGUCUCCCUUGAGGAGCUCAAGCAGUACAUCACGGCCACUAUCCUGGACACGGAGGCAGCCCUGGACGGGGUGAUCCGCUCCGAGCUGGACCGGAUGCUGGACGUGCUCCUGGAGAACCUGACCUGUGGCGUGGAGGCCACCCAGGGGCCGACAGCGGCCCCCGAGCCCGAGUUCGACCCGCUUCACCCGGCCCUGGUGGCCGACGCGGUCUUUGCUAUCGCCACUGUGGUCACCUUCCUGCGUCUGCUAAUCCUGACCGUUUCCAGCCAGCUGGUGGGACCCUUGCAGAUCUCCCUGGGUGGGAUGCUCUUCGACAUUGCCAAGUUCAUCAUGGUCUUCAUCAUCGUGUGGUUCGCCUUCUCGCUGGGUUUGAAUCAAAUCUACCAAGCCUAUCAAGAGAUCGAUCUCACUCUUUGCUUGGCUGAGGGCACGGAAGAUUGCAGGCCCGGACCAUUCUACGACGUUGGCCAGUCCAUGCUGACCCUUUUCUGGUCACUCUUUGGCCUGGAGGGCUUGGAGAUUAUCCGGGUCAAUCAUGCUAAACAUGGCUUCACCGAGGCAGUGGGAACCAUCCUCUUUGCUCUUUACAUGAUGUUCGCGGUGGUCGUCAUGCUCAAUGCACUCAUUGCCAUGAUGAGUAACACCUACACGAGGGUGGAGGAAAACUCGGACACAGAGUGGAAGUUUGCCCGCGCCAAGAUGUGGGUUCAUUUCCUCCACGUGGGCGGGACGGUGCCGCCCCCCUUCAAUGUCAUCCCGACCCGCAUCGCCAUCACCGAGCUCUUGUCUCGUUGCUACCGCCGCUGCUGCGUGCCCCGGCGGAACCAGAACGGGAAAAACAAAAUGGCAGAACACACGUACAAGAAAAUAGCGCGACUGCUGGCGGAGCGAUACAUUUUGGAUCAUUCGUCCUCCAGCGGUGGUGAUGCGGAAAACGCCGUGUCCAGGGCGGACGUCAUGGCAAUCCGGAACGAUGUGGCUGUCUUCAGAUAUGAGACCUUCAAGUCCCUGAACGCGGCCGACCAGUCCUUCGAGAACCUGCAAGACGUUUUGGGCAACAUCAAGGUACAGCUUCAGAAGGUGGACGACAUUGGGGCCAAGACGGAGCAGCUGGACACCAGCGUCAAGGACCUGAAAGAGCGGAACCGAGUCAUCCGGAACACGGUGGACGGGAUGGCUGCGUCUUUGCUCCGGUCACGGGCCGGCCGCACCCUGGUCGGUCACUGAAACCCCACACGACCUUCCGUUGUUGAUUUGGUGUGGUCAUAGCUCAUUACAUCUUGUUUUAAUUGCAACAGUGGCGCAGCUAUAAUGACAAUCUACUUCAACUCAAGUUGAACCAAAAAUGUAGGUUUGUUGAGGCGGAAAACUCAAUCGCCAUCCCGGUUCGACAGAGAUUCAUGGCUGCGCCAAUACUUGUGGUCUAAACCAGGUUGCAUUGUAUUACAGAGUAUACGAGGCACGAUUGUUGCGCCUUGUCUCUUGUGUGUACUUCCCUUUUGAAGGUGCACUGGAAUAUAAUGUCUGCCACAGCUCUGUGCACCAUGUAUGGCCCACUGGUAACCAGACGAUAUGACGGCUUUUUGUAAACUAAGUAAGAAAUAUUAUGAGGAACACCAAAAUUUUCCUGAAAUGACCCUUUCGAGUUUGCUUAUCAUUUUUUUCCCCAAUAUGUACAUGUGACAUGUUAACGUUAGUGGAUGCCUCCUGCUUUUGAGUCACAGCGUAAGGAACCUACGGUGAUGUCUGUGUAAGAUUAAUAUGCUGUUCAGUUUCAGGACGGUGAGCAAGUCUCUUUUCGUGCAGAUAUCCAGGCAGCACCGAAAACGUGUUUUAUACAGAGACGAAUAAUUUAUCUCCGUGACUUUAAUGUUUAUACAUAGUUCAGCUUUCACAAAAGUACAUGUAUAUGCUGUUUUUGUAUUGAGGAUAAGUUAAUUACAUUCAUUCAUCUUUUAAGACAGUUUUGUCUGAGAUGUGUACAAUUUGAGGUGUUUAAUUAUUGAUGAAAAUAAUUUGACUUUAAAUAAUCUGAACGCUCACUGAGUCAGUGUUAAAAACUGUGUUUUGUUGCGGUCGUAUACGAAAUUCCUAGUAACGUAUGGCGCAUUAUGGAGAUAAUUCAGGGCGACUGAAUUAACGAUCUUGAUUAAAUAAAUCCCUAUCAUCGAAUUGGUUGGUUGAUCGCGUGCAUUGAAUAAUUCACUCCAGAGUCCCAGCGAAUGUUUUAUCCAAUGGUGAAUGGAAGUUUCAUUGUUUUAUUUGAUCUAAACAACACAUGAACACGUCGUGAUUCAAGGAUUUAUUCAGACGGGAAUUUACUCAAGAUUGAUUCACUUCACGAGGGAGUUUAUUCCAGAUGUUUCCAGGCUUUGAAUGAAUUAAAUGAGAAAACUUUCACAUUCAUGCAGUGGAGCGAACUAUUUCAAAUUAAUGAGAUGACUGAUUGGAAAUUCUGCGUUACUCUGGUUUACCUCGUUAAACGGGCCAUUCUGUCUCCUACAUGGACAAUUGCACCCAUCAACGUAACUGAAUGCGUACCGUCUUCUCCAUUGUCUAUGGAUAACAAAUACUAUGUUAGCUUCGUAUCUGCUAAGUAUGUUAUUUUGCUAAUUCUGGUUUCACAUAUCGUCAAACUAAUAUAAUGCAAUAAAAGGAGAACGGGGAGGUUUGACUCAGUAAUUGUAAUAUCUUCACUGUAAAAACUCUGGUGUUAAAAGCAACACUUUUUGGUGUUAUCAGUUGACCACAUUAAAGGGUGUUACUUUAACACCGAUGGUGUUAUUUUGCACACUAUAAGUGUUACAGUGCGAUGGAGGGUGUUAUAAGUAACCCCAAUAACACCAAAAAUUUAACACCAAAAAUUUAACACCAUUGAAAAGUGUAGUGUGGUCCUCUGAUAACACCGGAGGUGUUAAACGUAACAUACAUCGCAAAGCUUCAAGAAUUGUGAUGUCACAGUCGUGCCUUGAUAGAGAAUUUGUGAUGAAUGCAUCACAUGCCUUUCAUUGUAGCCUACAGUCGUGGGUUGUGGAAGUAUACAGGUGCAACACUCAUUUGUGUGCGUAUCGAGGUAAAUGGUCAAAAUGGCACCACUGGGGUAAACGAGGUCACGGUUUAUAUUUGUCAGAGGUUGAUGCAGCAUCAGUUUAACUAAUGAAAGAUUUGAAGUCGCAUUUUUUGUACACUUUCAAAUUCACUGUCAACUUCAACUUUACAAGUCGAGCCGUUUGUGUCUUAAUGGAUUUCGCACCUUGAAAAUAAGCAGAAAACGCGACUCAUUCUGCGUAGCAUGGCACCCGCGCCACUCAUAUUGUUUCAAUCGACACCAAUUUCUUAUGUGAUUCAUGUGUACCAGUCUUAUUCACCUGAGACAUUGCUUGAGUCACUUAUUAACACUCGAUUGAUACGUAUAAUGAGACAAAUGAUCGGGUAGAUCAGAUGACAAGUCAAGAUCAAAAUGUCUGCCCGAAGUGUUUUAAUGAGAGACACUAAUAUGUGCCCAUUUUACAAUCGCAGAAAGACAUCACUGUUGAUAUUUAAACAUCCCUUAAAAUUUUAAUCAUCAGCUUUUUAAUUGCCACAGAAAUGUCUCUUCUUCCAAGUAGCCGAAGCUCAUGUGAAUUUUUUGUCAAAAUAUGUAACUCCCAAAUGCGGUUGCGAAAACCAAGGUUUCGCCAGUUUUCUUACAACUUUUUCUGACUUUGCAUCAAGCAGUAUAGUCCGUUGGUAAUUAUUUCUCGAUAUAAACUUAUGUGAAUUCCCAUUCUAACUGUUCAGCACAUAGAAUCCAACAAACACUCGAAGUGUUUUGAAGGUGUUACUAUAUUGCCACAGCCUUUGUAAGUUUAAAAGCAUAGCAUGGACUGUAAAUGUUUUGAAGUACAUGGAAUCCCAUUGUAUAGUUUGUGCGCAUUAUAUCAUUUCCUUGUCACGAAUGUAUAAUAGUGUUCUUUGCACCUUACUAAUCGUAAGACAAAUUUAUUUUUGAUACUAAGUGUUUCUGGUUGAGUCAUAGCUGAAGCCAAUUGGUAACGGGAACCUGAUUAAAGUGUUAUUGUUCUGCCUAGGGGAAAACUGUGGUUUUUACCAAUAUUAACGUCAUUUUGCAUUGUGUAAACGUGGUCAAACUUGUUUUGUGACAGCGCAAUAAUAAAAGGCAUUGUGUAAGACAAAAUC